UCCCCGGGCUCGGAGCUGCACCUGGCCAGCCACUUCGUGAACCAGGCCUGCCACGGGCUGGUGUUUGGCGGGGCGGUGGAGAAGUCCCCGGUCAGCCGCAACCCCGAGGUGCCCUUUGAGAGCAGCGCCUACCGCAUCUCGGCCACAGCUCGGGGCAAGGAGCUGCGCCUCACGCUCAGCCCCCUGCCCGGGGCCCAGCCCUCUCGGGAGCCGCUAGCCCUGGUUUUCCGCUUCGGCAUGACCGGUUCAUUCCAGCUGGCUCCCGCUGAGGCGCUGCCACCCCACGCCCACCUGCGCUUCUAUACGGCCUCCCCCGCUCCCCGGCUGGCCCUGUGCUUCGUGGACAUCCGCCGCUUUGGCCGCUGGGACCCAGGAGGCAAGUGGCAGCAGGACCGUGGGCCUUGUGUUCUCCUGGAGUAUGAACAAUUCAGGGAAAAUGUACUCCAAAACCUGGCAGACAAGGCUUUCAAUCGGCCCAUCUGUGAGGCCCUCCUGGACCAGCGGUUCUUCAAUGGCAUUGGCAACUACCUACGAGCAGAGAUCCUGUUCCGGCUGAGGAUCCCUCCCUUUGAGAAGGCACGCACAGUCCUGGAGGCCCUGCAACGGCACCAGCCGAGCCCAGAGCUCACUCUGAGCCAGAAGAUCAGGGCUAAGCUGCAAAACCCAGACCUGCUGGAACUGUGCCACUCAGUGCCCAAGGAAGUGGUCCAGCUAGGGGGCAAAGGCUAUGGGUCAGAGCACGGAGAGGAAGACUUUGCUGCCUUCAGAGCCUGGCUGCAGUGCUACAGCAUGCCAGGCAUGAGCUCCCUGCGAGACCGGAACGGCCGCACCAUCUGGUUCCAGGGUGAUCCUGGUCCCCUAGCCCCCAAAGGGGCCAAGUCCCGAAAAAAGGAAUCCCAGAAAACUCAGCCAGCACCUGUGGAUGGAAUGGAGAACCCUCCACCUCCAAUCAAGGGCCCUUCUAAGACACCAGGGGCCCAGAGACACCUUCCUGAGAUGACUGCAGCCCAGCAACCUGAGAGGCCAGGCCUUCAGCAUGACCCAGGAGCUCCCACGGUCCUUGAGAAAGGGAGGAGACGCCAGGCUAUCGCAGGACAACAAAGACCCAGGAAGAGGAAGGUGGACACCCCAUCUGAGGAGUCUGGGGGCAUGGCAGCCUCUUAGCUGGUCUCCUUUCUUGCACUCACCCUUUUGGCUACCUUGCUGGGAAUCUGAGCCUGUCUGAGCUCCUAGAAACAACAUUGGAAGGGCUGCAUGGCUGCGACCUGUGGCUGUUGCCUGCUCAACUGUCACAUUAACUGAACCACAUAUUUCACAUUUUUUAAGCCUGCAUGAAAAUGCAGUAUUUU